AUGUCCAGGGGGCCGAAACCCCCUAUCGCCCCCAAGCCCCGGCUGGCCACCCCCAGCGAGUGGAGGGCCAGCGUCUACGUGAUCAACACCUUGAACAAAUGCAGCAACGGGAAGCUGCCCUGCGUAGACAGGGGCCUCUACGAAGAGCGCCGGUCCACCCCGGAAUGCUCCGAGUCCGAGGCCGACGAGGAUUACAUCGUGGCUCCCAGGGCUCCGCCGGGAGAGGACGGAGCCAAGGAUGCGGGCUGCGUGGAGAGCACAGUCACGGGGCCUCCGGAGGCCGGCGAGGAGGAGGAGGAGGGCCAGGAGCGGGGCGAGGGGUGCGGGCCGGCGGGGCCCACGGCUGCAGAGACCUGGGCGGUGCUGAGUGGACAGGCUGACCGAGACGUCGCCCCCGCCCCCCAGGACGCGGAGGGGGCAGACUGUGCCGGGGCCGCGGGGACCGAGGACCAGACGUUCACGAGUGAGGAGGAGGAGGAGGAGAAGCUGGCGGAAGAACACAGCGCCUGCAGCCUGGGGGACGGGGGUCCUGGAGACGGAGGGGCGGAGUCUCCGAGCGAUGGCAUCCCAGCGCACCUCGAGGUCGUGGGGGAUGCCGCGGCCGACGGCGAGGAGGAGCCCGGGGCCCCUGGGACCCCCGAGGAGGCUGAUGCAGAACCGGACCGCGGUGUGGACGAGGGGGAGAAUGCCGGCGAGGAGCCCCCAGAGGACGAGGUGGCCAGAGACGACCCUGACGUCUCCCGGGAGGCGUGUGAAGAUGCCGCGGGUGAUGGCGGCCAGCACGGCGGGCAGGAUGAGCCGGCUGGCCCGAAUGAGAACGCUGACCCGGCAGAAGCGGAGGUGGGGGAGGACCCCCGGGAUGGCGAGGACCCGGUGCAGGAUGAAGCGGCCGAGGACAGCUGCCACAUCAUCCCGUUUGAGAGCGACAGCGUGGACGACCUCGUGCCUCCUCUCUCGGCCCGUCCCUACGAGCUCUUCCCCACCGAGAGCACCUCCUUCUGUAGCGAGAGCUACCCCCCUUAUUCCGAGUCCGCACAAGAGUCCGCACAGGAGCCGGGGCCGGGAGAACGCGCGGAGCGGGACCCCGAGGCCGGGCAGGGGAGUGAGCGGCGGGGCUCCGCGCAGGGUGGCGCCGGGGAGGAGGACCCCCCUGUGCCCGACGUGCUGGUCCUGCCCGAGGACGAGGAUGCCAACCCCUACGAGAUGGGAGUCGGCCUGCCCUGCGGGGCGGACCCUGGGGAGGCGGAGACACCCGGAGCGCAGGCCGCCUCGGAGGAGCUGAGUCUCGACGCCGCGGAGGGCGGCCUGCUCCCCAUCGACAGGAAGAACGUCAUGGCGAGGGCCAGGCCCCACUCCGGGAAGGUGGCUGGCUACGUCCCAGAAACGGUCCCGGAAGAAAUGGGGCCGGAAGCUGGCUCAGCGGAGGCGAGGAAGACAGUCCUGUCGCUGGAAGGGAAGCCGCUGGAUGUCGGCAGGGCCCUGCCAGCAAAGCCCAGAGCCUUCACGCUGUAUCCGCGAUCAUUCUCCGUGGAGGGCCGGGAGAUCCCCGUGUCCCUGUAUCGGGAGCCCGAGGCGUGCGGCCUCGACGGCCACGGCAUCAAGAGGAAGGAAGACAACCUGUCCCUGCCGUGUGUCAUCGGCUCCUCCGGCAGCUUCUCCCAGAGGAGCCACCUGCCGUCCAGCGGCACCUCCACCCCGUCGUCCAUGGUAGACAUCCCACCCCCGUUCGACCUGGCCUGCAUCACCAAGAAGCCCAUCACCAAGAGCUCCCCCUCGCUCCUGGUGGAGAGUGAGCCCCCGGACAAGCAGAAGAAAAAGAAGUCGUCCUUCAAGCGGUUCCUGGCGCUGACGUUCAAGAAGAAGACGGACAGCAAGGUGCACGUGGACGUCAACGUGUCCUCGUCCAGGUCGUCCUCAGAGUCCAGCUACCACGGGCCGGCCCGGCUCCUGGAGAUGGACCGCAGGAGCCUCAGCAACUCGCCGCAGCUCCGGGCGCGGACGGGCAAGCUCCGGGCUUGCGACUCGCCCUCGUCGCUCAUCUUCUGCCGGGAGGGCAAGAGGAAGGGGGUCCCCUUCAGCAGGACGGUGUCCCGGGUGGAGUCCUUCGAGGACCGCUCGCGCCCCCCCUUCCUGCCGCUGCCCCUCACCAAGCCGCGCUCCAUCUCGUUCCCCAACGCCGACACCUCGGACUACGAGAACAUCCCGGCCAUGAACUCGGACUACGAGAACAUCCAGAUCCCGCCCCGGAGGCCCGCGCGGGUCGGGACUUUUACCAAGCUGUUUGAAGACCAGAGCCGGGCCCUGUCCACGGCCAACGAGAACGACGGCUACGUGGACAUGAGCAGCUUCAAUGCCUUCGAGAGCAAGCCGCAGAGCGCCGACCCGGAGGCGGAAAGCGCCUACACCGAGCCAUACAAGGUCUGUCCCAUCUUGACAGCGGCCCCCAAGGAGGACCUCACAUCGGAUGAAGAGCAUGGAAGCUCGGAGGAGGAGGAGGACAAUGCUGCGAGAGACCCCAGCCUCACCCACAAGGUGGAGGGACAGUCCAGAGCCCACGUCAUCGCGCAGGAGCUGCUGUCUUCAGAGAAAGCAUACGUGGAGAUGCUCCAGCACUUGUAUCUGGAUUUCCACGGAGCGGUUGUGAGGGCCUUGGAUGAGACGGACUACGAGGGCAAGGACCCGGUGGCCCGGGAGGAGCUGCGACGUGGCCUGAGUGAGCUCCCGGCCAUCCGCGACCUUCACCAGGGGAUCCUGGAGGAGCUGGAGGAGAGGCUGGCACAAUGGGAAGGCCAACAGAAGGUGGCUGACGUCUUCCUGGCCCGGGAGCAGGAGUUUGAGCACCACGCCGCUCACAUCCUGCAGUUCGACAGGUACCUGAGUCUGCUCGGUGAGAACUGCCUCCACGCCCCGCGGCUGGCAGCGGCCGUCCGAGAAUUUGAGCAGAGUCAGCAGGGAGGCGGCCAGAACGUGAAGCACCAGCUGCUGCGGGUGGUGCGGCGCCUGUUCCAGUAUCAAGUGCUCCUCACAGACUAUUUAAAUAACCUUUGCCCGGACUCGGCGGAGUACGAUGACACGCAAGGUGCGCUGACCCUCAUCUCCAAGGUCACGGACCGUGCCAACGACAGCAUGGAGCAAGGCGAAAACCUUCAGAAGCUGGUCCACAUCGAGCACAGUGUUCGGGGCCAAGGGGAUCUCCUCCAGCCAGGAAGGGAGUUUCUGAAGGAAGGGACGCUGAUGAAAGUAACAGGGAAGAACAGACGCCCCCGGCACCUGUUUCUGAUGAGCGAUGUGCUGCUUUACACGUACCCCCAGAAGGACGGGAAGUACCGGCUGAAGAGCGCGUUGGCGGUGGCCAACAUGAAGGUCAGCCGCCCUGUGAUGGAGAAAGUGCCCUACGCCCUGAAGAUCGAGACUCCCGAGUCCUGCCUGACUCUAUCGGCCAGCUCCUGCGCAGAGAGGGACGAGUGGCACAGCUGCGUGAGCCGGGCCCUGCCCGAGGACUACAAGGCCCAGGCGCUGGCUGCCUUCCAGCACAGCGUGGAGAUACGGGAGAGGCUGGGGGUCAGCCUGGGGGAGAGGCCCCCGACCCUCGUGCCAGUCACGCACGUCAUGAUGUGCAUGAACUGCGGCUGCGAUUUCUCCCUCACCCUGAGGCGUCACCACUGCCACGCCUGCGGCAAGAUCGUCUGCCGGAACUGCUCUCGGAACAAGUACCCUCUGAAGUACCUCAAGGACCGCAUGGCCAAGGUGUGUGACGGCUGCUACGGGGAGCUGAAGAAGAGGGGCGGGGACGCCCCAGGCCUGAUGAGAGAGCGGCCCCUGAGCAUGAGCUUCCCCCUCUCCUCCGCCCGCUUCUCGAGCAGCGCCUUCUCGUCCGUCUUCCACAGCAUCAACCCCUCGGCCUUCAGGAAGCAGAGGAAAGUCCCAUCGGCCCUGACCGAGGUGGCCGCCUCGGGAGAGGGCUCCGCCAUCAGCGGCUACCUCAGCCGGUGUAAGAAGGGCAAGAGGCAGUGGAAGAAGCUCUGGUUCGUCAUCCAAGGCAAAGUGCUGUACACCUACGCGGCCCGUGAGGACACAGUGGCCUUGGAGAGUAUGCCCCUGCUCGGCUUCACCAUUGCGCCAGGCAAGGAGGAAGGCAGCAGUGAAGCCGGACCUACUUUUCAUCUUUAUCACAAGAAGACCCUAUUUUAUAGCUUCAAAGCCGAGGAUAGUAAUUCGGCUCAGAGGUGGAUCGAGGCCAUGGAAGAUGCAAGUGUGUUAUAG